AUGGAAAUUACUCCAUUCAUGCCCAUGGGUGUCUUUGGAAUUCUAAGAGAAGCUUUCAAGAUCCCAUCCAGAAAUGGAAAGAUCUUCCUCUCUAUUACCCUUUUCCUCCUCAUCCCAUCCUCUCUUAUUUUCCUGGCAAACGACUUCACCAUCAAGCCGUUAGUCAUGGAUCUAGUGGUAAAAACAUACAAGUUGGAGGCCAAUGAUCCCCAAUGGCCUGGAUAUUCCAAAUUGAUAGAUGGGAUUAGAAAAGACGUUGGAUUUCUCGUGGGCGAGGAGACACUCUUGUUAGUAAUCUCUUCUAUAGUCUCACUCUUCACAGCUGUGGCCACGAUUUUUGCAUCUUCCAUGACUUACUAUUGCAAGGAUCUGACACACAACGAGCUGUUCUUGAGGAUUGGACAGACGUGGAAGCGACCCAUGAUUACAUGGUUGUACAUCACCCUCUUCGAAUCGGGUUAUCUUCUUUUGAUAUUUUUACUAGUAGGCAUUUUUACUAUGAUAGCUAAGGGUUCUAUGACAUUAGCUUGUCUAACUUUAGUUCUAGCUCUUUUGCUUGUUCGCUUUUAUGUUUAUUUCUCUAUGCUUUGCAAGUUGGGUAUUGUAAUUUCAGUCAUGGAAGAGGAUAAUUAUGGAAUGGGGGCACUUACAAAAGCUGCAGAUCUGAUCGAAGGAAGAAAGAGGCAAGGUUACAUUCUCUACGUUCUUUUUAAGCUAGUUGGGUUAGCUGUCUAUUGGGUUCUCAGUUCGGCGAUGCAGGAUAUAGACCGAUCCCAUACGACCCGAUUGGUGAUUGGAGUUGUUCUAAUGCAUGUUAUUUCCCUUGAGAAAAUCCUCAUGUCUAUGGUUUUUACAGUGUUUUACUUUGAGUGUAAGAAGAGCCAUGGAGAGAAAGUAGAAACAGGAGGGGAGAGUGGGUAUAGUUUGGUUUCCACUACUGCUCUUGUUGAGGUCUGA